CUGGAAGUUAACCAACAAAAACAGUGGGAUAUUCCGUUGGUACAGGGCGUGCAGAAGGAUUUGUUUCAUAAUUUCCAUAGUGACCAAGAUAAGGCACGCCUUCUAGCUGUUUCGACUAAGGAAUCUAGUCACUGGUUACACGCUUUACCAUCAAGUAAUCUCGGCACAUUACUUGAUAGGGAAAGCUUGCGCAUUGCCGUAGGAAUCCGACUAGGAGCGGCGAUUUGUCAACCCCAUCAGUGCCCCUGUGGGAGCAGCGUUGACAAGUUUGGGCUCCACGGACUUUCAUGUAAGAAUAGCGCUGGUAGGUUUUCACGACACAGUUCUUUGAAUGAUGUCAUCCGAAGGGCUCUUGUCUCUAUACAUGUUCCCUCGGUUUUAGAGCCUUAUGGAAUAUUUAGAGACGAUGGCAAAAGACCCGACGGUAUGACAUUGGUUCCUUGGGAGAGAGGUAAAGCCCUAGUGUGGGGUGCUACUUGCGUAGACACUGUGGCGGCCUCCCAUCUCAUGAGUACCUCGUUUAGAGCCGGGGCGGCAUCAGAGGCAGCUGAACUGAGUAUUAGGCGCAAAUAUGAUUCUUUGAGUAUUGGUAUAAUUGUUGGCUGCCAGAUAUUCUAUUGGUCUUCAGGUGUCACAAUGAAUAUGUGGUCUUUGCUUGACGUUGGUGGCAGGUGUGGUGUAGGGUUGAAGAAGCCAAUUACUUGGUGA